CUUUCCAAGUGGCUCGGAGUUGGGAACGGAAGUUCAUUUACUGAUCAGAGAGGGCCCUGAGGGGCCGCGCUGCUCCUUCUCCCGCAUUCACUGGGGAGUCUUGCUCUGCAAGUGCAGUUGCAGGCAGUUCGGGAGCACACGCCCCAGACCUGCCGCCCGCCGCUUCUGUGCCUCUGCAUCUGCCACCGUGGGUCCCAAGUUCCAGCGACUCCUGUCCCACACUCCCCGCUUUGCUCCCCGUGUGUCCUGAAGAAAGGGGACCUGCUCCCGAGAUUUUCCACGGCAAGUGAUGAUAGCAUUUGAAGACCUGGCUGUGUACUUUAGCUGGGAGGAAUGGCAGAAAAUGAACAAUGCUCAGAAAACCCUGUACAGAGAUGUGAUGCUGGAGACCUACAGCAGCCUCUUCUCCUUGGGGCACUGCAUUACCAAACCUGACUUAAUCUUCAAGUUGGAGCAAGGAGCAGAGCCAUGGAUGGUGGAAGAAUGCCUGAAUCAGAGCCUUCCAGUGGUCAUGAAAAGGGAUGACCUGAUUAGCAUCAACCAGGAAAGUCAGGACAAAAAUCUGAAUCAGGAUUUUAUGAAAAAUAACAAGACAUCAGCUCUCAAGAGAGUUGAAUUAAGAAAAACCAUUACUUUAAAUUCAAGCCAUAUUCCAACACUGAUUAUUAAAAAGGGAACCUAUUCACAAUUGAAGCCCGAGGAAUUCAGUAAAUGUCACACUGUUUAUCCCCACAGUGGGCCUGAUCAACUACAGGAUGGAGAGAAAUUUGAUAACACUAAGAUACCUGGAAAUUCUCUCCAGUUCUGUGAGCCUUUUGGUCAGCAUGACAAGAUUCAUAUCAUGAAGCAGCCAUUUGGACCCACUGGACAAGCAAAAUUCUUCACAAGAAAGAUGCUCUGUAAAUCUGAGAGGGUUCCUAUGGCAGAAAACUGUAAUAAAUCAACUGUCACUUUUGGAAAAGUAACUCAAAUAGAAAAAGCUAUCCAUGAAACUUCUAGCCUCAAUAUGCAUCAACAAACUCACACAGGAAAGAAAUUUUAUAAGUACAUUAGGUAUGUUGAACCUGUCAUUCACCAGUCACAUCUUGCAAUAAAUCACGGACUAAAUACAAGGGGAAAAUUCUCUAAAGGUAAACCUUGUGAAAAUUCACUCAGUUUUAAUUCACCUUAUGAAUGUAAUGACUGUGGAAAAGGCUUUGGACAAAAGUCAGUCCUAAGGAAACAGAAGCAAAUUCACACUGAGGAGAAACCUCAUGAAUGUAAUUACUGUGGAAAAGCUUUUGGACACAAGUCACACCUCAUAAACCAUCAGCGAAUUCACACAAGGGAGAAACCUCAUAAAUGUAAUGACUGUGGAAAAGCCUUUGGACGCAAGUCAGUCCUCAUCACACACCAGAGAAUUCACACAGGGGAGAAACCUCAUAAAUGUAAUGACUGUGGAAAAGCCUUUGGACAAAAGUCAGACCUCAUAAUACACCAGCGAGUUCACACAGGAGAGAAACCCUAUGAAUGUAAUGACUGUGGAAAAGCCUUUGGACACAAGUCAGUCCUCAUGAAACAUCAGCGAAUUCACACAGGGGAGAAACCUCAUAAAUGUGAUGACUGUGGAAAAGCCUUUGGACAAAAAUCACACCUCAUCAUACACCAGAGAAUUCACACAGGGGAGAAACCUCACAAAUGCAAUGACUGCAGAAAAGCCUUUGGACGAAAGUCACACCUCAUUAUACACCAGAGAAUUCACACAGGGGAGAACCCUCAUAAAUGCAAUGACUGUGGAAAAGCCUUUGGACACAAGUCAUACCUCCUCAUACAUCAGCGAAUUCACACAGGGGAGAAACCCCAUGAAUGUAAUGACUGUGGAAAAGCCUUUGGACACAAGUCAGACCUCAUGAAACAUCAGCGAAUUCACACAGGGGAGAAACCUCAUAAAUGUGAUGACUGUGGAAAAGCCUUUGGACAAAAAUCACACCUCAUCAGACACCAGAGAAUUCACACAGGGGAGAAACCUCAUAAAUGUAAUGACUGUGGAAAAGCCUUUGGACACAAGUCACACCUCAUCAUACACCAGAGAAUUCACACAGGGGAGAAACCUCACAAAUGCAAUGACUGCGGAAAAGCCUUUGGACGAAAGCCACACCUCAUUAUACACCAGAGAAUUCACACAGGGGAGAAACCUCAUAAAUGCAAUGACUGUGGAAAAGCCUUUGGACACAAGUCAUACCUCCUCAUACAUCAGCGAAUUCACACAGGGGAGAAACCCCAUGAAUGUAAUGACUGUGGAAAAGCCUUUGGACACAAGUCAGACCUCAUGAAACAUCAGCGAAUUCACACAAGGGAGAAACCUCAUAAAUGUGAUGACUGUGGAAAAGCCUUUGGACAAAAAUCACACCUCAUCAUACACCAGAGAAUUCACACAGGGGAGAAACCUCAUAAAUGUAAUGACUGUGGAAAAGCCUUUGGACGAAUGUCAGUCCUCAUGAAACAUCAGCGAAUUCACACAGGGGAGAAACCUCAUAAAUGUAAUGACUGUGGAAAAACCUUUGGACACAAGUCACACCUCAUCAGACACCAGAGAAUUCACACAGGGGAGAAACCUCAUAAAUGUAAUGACUGUGGAAAAGCCUUUGGACACAAGUCAGUCCUCAUGAAACAUCAGCGAAUUCACACAGGUGAGAAACCUCAUAAAUGUGAUGACUGUGGAAAAGCCUUUGGACACAAGUCAGACCUCAUCAUACACCAGUGAAUUCACACAGGAGAGAAACCCUAUGAAUGUAAUGACUGUGGAAAAGCCUUUGGACACAAGUCACACCUCAUCAUACCCCAGCGAAUUCACACAGGGGAGAAACCUCACAAAUGCAAUGACUGUGGAAAAGCAUUUGGACAAAAGUCAUACCUCAUCAUACACCAGCGAAUUCACACAGGGGAGAAACCUCACAAAUGCAAUGACUGUGGAAAAGCCUUUGGACGAAAGUCACACCUCAUUAUACACCAGAGAAUUCACACAGGGGAGAAACCUCAUAAAUGCAAUGACUGUGGAAAAGCCUUUGGACACAAGUCAGUCCUCAUGAAACAUCAGCGAAUUCACACAGGGGAGAAACCUCAUAAAUGUGAUGACUGUGGAAAAGCCUUUGGACAAAAAUCACACCUCAUCAUACACCAGAGAAUUCACACAGGGGAGAAACCUCAUAAAUGUAAUGACUGUGGAAAAGCCUUUGGACACAAGUCAGUCCUCAUCACACACCAGAGAAUUCACAUGGGGCAGAAACCUCAUAAAUGUAAUGACUGUGGAAAAGUCUUUGGGCAAAAGUCACACCUCAUCAUACACCAGCAAAUUCACACAGGGGAGAAACCUCAUAAAUGUAAUGACUGUGGAAAAGCCUUUGGAUGAAAGUCAUACCUCAUCAUACACCAGAGAAUUCACACAGGGGAGAAACCUCAUAAAUGUAAUGACUGUGGAAAAGCCUUUGGACGAAUGUCAGUCCUCAGGAAACAUCAGCAAAUUCACACAGGGGAGAAACCUCAUAAAUGUAAUGACAGUGGAAAAGCCUUGGAUGAAAGUCACACCUCAUUGUACACCAGAGAAUUCACACAGGAGAGAAACCUCUUAAGUGUAAUGACUGGAAAAGCCUUUGGACACAAAUCACACCUCAUAUUACACCAGAGAAUUCACAUGACGCAGAAAACUCAUGAAUAUAAUAACUGUGGAAAAGCCUUUGGAUGAAAGUCACACCUCAUCAUACACCAGAGAUUUCACACAGGGGAGAAACCUCAUAAAUGUAAUGACUGUGGAAAAGCCUUUGGACAAAUGUCAGACCUCAUGAAACAUCAGUAAAUUCACACAGGAGAGAAACCCUAUGAAUGUAAUGACUAUGGAAAAGCUUUUGGCCAUAAGUCAGUCCUCAUGAAACAUCAGCAAAUUCACACAAGGCAGAAACCUCAUGAAUGUAAUGACUGUGGAAAAGACUUUUUAUGAAAGUCACACCUCAUACCACAAGAGAAUUCACAGAGGGGAGAAACCCCAUGAAUGUAAUGAGCAGGGGAAAGCGUUUGGACAAAAGUCAGUCUUUAGGAAACAUCAGAGAAUACACAGGGGAGAAACCUCAUGAAUGUAAUGACUUUGGAAAAGCCUUUGGACAAAAGACAAACCUCAUAUCAUAGUAGAGAAUUCACACAGGGUAGAAAACUCAUGAUUGUAAUAACUGUGGAAAAGCAUUUAGCCAUAAGUCAACCUUCAUCAUGCAUCAGAGAAUUCACACAGGGCAAAAUCCUUAAGAAUGUAAUGACUGGCAAAGCCUUUGGACAAAAGUCAAACCUCAUAAUGCACCAGAGAAUGCACACAGUGUUGAAACUUCAUGAGUGUAGUGACUAUGGGAAAACUUUUGGUCUUAAGUUCCAACUCCAACUGCAUCAGAGGAUUCACACAGGGAAAUAACAUUAUAAAUGUAAUGGGUGUGGAAAAGCCUUUUUCUAUAAAUUAUACCUCAUAUCAAAACAGAAUUCACACAGGGAAGAAACCUUAUGAAUCUAAUGAGUGUGGGAAAGCCUUUUGUUAUAAAUCAUAGCUCAUAUCACACCAGAGAAUUCACACUGGGGAGAAACGUCAUGAAUGCAAUGACUAUAGAAAAGCCCUUGGCAAUAAGUCACAUCUCAGAAUGCGUCAGAAAAUUCACAUGAAGAGAAACCUUUUGGACAUAAUGACUUGGAAAGCUUUUUCCCAUAAUGAAGUCCUCAUUGCACAUCAUCUAAUUCAUAUGGGGGAAAACACUUUGGAUCUAAUGCAUAUGGAAAAGCCUUUAUCCAUAAGUUAACACCUCAUAAAACAUCAGAAUUCACAUGGGGGAGAAACCUUAUGAAUGGAAUGAGUGUUGGAAAACUCUACCAAAAUCACACAAUAUAACAUCAGAAAAUUGAUUACAUGAUAGAAAUCUUGUAAUAAGUGUGGGAAAGCCUUUUGUCAGAAGUAAUACCUCAUAACACAUGUAGUUCAAACAAGGGAGAGAACUUUUUCCAAAAUCAACAUAACCGUGUGACAGAGCCUUUUGCUGGAAAUUACAUCCCAUACAAUAGGCACUCCCAUAAGGAAGAAAGACUGGGACCAGCGCUGUGGCACAGUAGGUUAAAGCCCUGGCCUGAAGCACUGGCAUACCAUGUGGGCACUGGUUCUAGUCCUGGCUGCUCCUCUUCUGAUCCAGCUCUCUGCUAUGGCCUGGGAAAGCAGUAGAAGAUGGCCCUGCACCCACAUGGGAGACACAAAAGAAGCUCCUGGCUACUGGCUUCUGAUUGCUGCAGCUCCAGCCAUUGCAUCCAUCUGGGGAGUGAACCAGUAAAUGGAAGACCUCUCUCUCUCUACCUCUCUCUGUAACUCUGUCUUUCAAAUAAAUAAAGUAAAUUGUUAAAAAAGGAAGAAAGGUUAGAAAUAUUAGUGUGAGAAAAAGCCAUUUGUCAGAAAUUGAUCACUAUACAUCAGAGAAUUCACACAAAGGGUUUCUUUGGAGUGUAAUGAAUGUGGAAGUAUAUUUUCAUGGUAUUCAGGCUGUCAUAAAUAUGCAACUCAAAAAAGGUGAUAUCCUUCAAGUGCAGUAGAUAUGAAAAAACCAUAACCAGAAAUUAAACAGGCUCGCACCAUGGUGCAGUAGGAUAAUCCAGUUCUAGUCCCAGCUGUUUCUCUUCCAAUCCAGCUCUCUGCUGUGGUCUAGGAAAGCAGUGGAAGAUGGCCAAAGUGCUUCGGCCCCUGUACCCAUGUGGAGACCAGGAAGAAGCUCCUGGCUCCUGGCUUUGGAUCAGGGCAGCUCUGGCCAUUGUGGCCAUCUGGGGAGUGAACCAACAGAAGGAAGACCUUUAUCUCUGUCUCUCUCACUGUCUGUAACACUACCUAUCAAAUUAAUUAAACAUCAACAAACACCAGAGAAUUCAUACAGCAAAAUGUCAAAUUUAAUGAAUGUGAAAAAAUUGUUCUGCCAUUAAUCAAUUCACAUGAAGAGACUCAGAAAUGAGAAAACAUACAUGCAUAGAAAAGUUAUAUACCAUACGUCAUCUCUCAAUGGUUACCUGACAACUCACAGAAAGAAAAUAUCCUAUGACUGUAUUGUAUUGGGAAAUACCUUUAUUAUUAGGCAUACUUCCACAAAACAUAUCAAGAUUACAGAGAGAAGUCCCUGAAGUAUAAUUUGUUUGAAACAAUUCUUUGGUGGAAUCACACCUUAGUAAGUAUUGGGGCAGUUUUCAUGAUGAAUUGUGACAGAGAGUGGUUAACCGUUCUUCAGAAAUUUUUUCUCUUAUACAACCUGUAGUUUUGGUUUCUCAUUAUUGUGAGUGGUAUCAAGUAUAUGAACUGAACUGUACUCUCUUAUGUAAAUUUUGUUAAUAAAUAUCUAAAAGUUGAGUAACAGUUGUUGCAACAGUUAUUUGGAACACCAUCUUCAUCAAUUACAAAGUUAUUUGUUUUAUGGAUGCUUUGUUGGCCACCCAGGAUUCUUUCCCCACAUUAUUGUGCAAACCAGUGAUGUGACCAUAGGCAUAUCAAGUGACAUAUGUUCCAGCCGUAAUGGGUACUCCAGCCCUGGAAAAUAAGUGUGUGUGCAGUACAAGGGAAUGAGUUUGUGGUGACCUAUAUGCCCAUGAGAAAUUUCAACUUAUCUGUGUGCACAUCUGGAUUAGACUCCACUACCCAAGGUCUAUUUGAAUAUGCAAGUAGAUGUUAUCCCACACAUCACCCUCAUUCUUUAAAGGGACAAUCUGAAACCCUAUAAGUUGCAACACUUAUCUGAAUUUUCCUGUAUUACUGAAUGCAUAAUGCCUUUUUCAUUCAUGAUCCCCCUUUUCCACUCUACUUCAUUCAAUUCCUAAUUGCCUUGAAAAGAACAUGGAAUGAAGUCUAUCCAGGUGGUACCCAUUGCAACAGAGAAGCAGGAGCAUAAAUGUACACUUUUUAAAAAAGAUUUCUUUAUUUAUUUGAAUGUCAGAGUUAAACAGAAAGAGGAGAGGCAGAGAGAGAUCUUCCAUCCAAUGGUUCACUCCCCAAUUGGCCACAACAGCCGCAACUGUGCUGAUCCAAAGCCAGGAGCUUCUCCAGAUUUCCCAUGUAGGUGUGGGGGCCCAAGCACUUUGGCCUUCUACUAUUUCCCAGGCCAUAGCUGAGAUCUGGAUUGGAAGUGGAGCAGCUAGGUCUCAACCAGUGCCCAUAUGUGAAGCUGGCACUUCAGACCAGGGCAUUAACCUGCUGUGCAACAGCACUGGCCCCUGUAGUACACUUGUAUUAAUUUAACUUUACUAUAAUUUUUAUAACCUUUUUUAUUGUAUUACCCCCUGCUCCUACAGGUGGCCCUCAUUUUUG